AUCACAUUAUAAGAAUAACCUUAAAAUUUUAAACUGAAAUAACAUAAGAGUUACAAGAAAAUGUAUUAAUUUGAUUUGAACAACUGUUUGAGAUGAAUUACAUAAGUAGAAGCAUUGUUAGAUUGUACUGCACAAAACCGAGGGUUAUUUUGAACAGAAAGUAUUUAGUUCCAAAGUAUCCUGCACAAAGCACAAUCGAUGCAAGAAAAUUGCCUGAGAGGACAAAGAUUGAUGCAAAUACAAUUGCAUUGCUUGAAAGGUUGUCCCUAGUAGAUUGUGCCAAUCGGCAAAGCAUUGAGACUUUGGAAGAGGCUAUAGCUUUUGCUGAUCAAAUUCUGCAAGUGAAUACAGAAGGAGUAGAACCAUUGGUUACUGUGUUAGAGGAUAGGCCUUUGGUUGUUAGAGAGGACGAAGUAACUGAAGGCAAUAGAAGAGCUGAGGUGUUAUUGAAUGCUUCAGUGGUGGAGGAUGAGUAUUUUGUAGCUCCACCAGGAAACAUCCCAUUAGAAGCAAGAGAAAACCUCUUGCAUGAAGAGGAAAAAUGCAACUAAAGCAAAUACUUAGUCUGAGCCAA